UUCUCAAAUAUUUGAGUAUACAAAAAAGUAGACUUAAGAAUUUUCUCAAGCAAACAAAAUGGCUGCCAUUGUCAGACGUCGGCGUCGCAGAAGACAGAACGCGGUUCCAGUGAGGCGACCUCGUGUUUUUCGAGACCUAAGUAAUCCUCUGGAAAGUCUUGAUGAGGAAGAAGUGUAUCAAAGAUACGGGUUUUCUACAGAAACCAUUCUGUUUAUCGUGGAUGGAGUCAACAACAUCCUAGAGACAGACACUGCCAGGAAUCGGCCCAUUCCCCCGCUGAUCCAGGUGCUCCUUUUCCUACGAUUCGUGGCCACCGGGGCACACCUGCGACUUGUUGGGGACAGUUUGAAUGUGUCAGAAUCCUCUGCAGGAAGAGUAGUAAAAUCUGUGGCAAGGGCAAUUAUUGAGGUGUUCACACACAUGAUUAAAUUUCCGGUGGGUGACAUGGCCAGUAAGGUCAGGGAAGGAUUCCGCCGAAUUGCAGGUAAUCAUCGUACACACUGUUUAGAGUUGUAUGCGCCGUAAAGUGAAAGUUGCCGAUUCUGCUUUAAAAGCACAAUAAACAUUGUAAAAGUAAACAAUUCUGAGAGUUCAACUUUUUAACAUUCGGUAAUAAAGGUGUUUUUAAAAGCUAAGACAUAAAUGUUUCUGAUUAAAGCUUGUACAGACAUCGAACAUAAUUCACACAUCUCCAAAGAUGA